AUGGCUCAAGACUUCCCAGAAAUAUUAAAUGAGAACAGAUCUUUAGAAACCUAUUUUACCCUUGUUGGUUUUAGUGACUCUCCACAGCUUCACCUUCCUCUUCUUCUGGUUUUCUACUUUAUGUAUAUUCUGACCAUAACAGGAAACGGUCUUAUUUUAGUGCUUGUGCUAUUUCAUACUUCCUUGCAGACACCAAUGUAUUUCUUUCUAUGUCACUUAGCUUCUCUAGAUUUAUGUUAUACUUCUGUAACCCUUCCUAACCUGAUAUGGCUUCAUUCACAGAGUAAUAAACUGAUAUCAUUCACAGGUUGCAUUUCACAGCAGUACUUCUACAUUGCAUUUGCAGUUUCUGAAUAUUUUUUAUUAGCGGCAAUGGCAUAUGACCGAUAUGUUGCCAUCUGUAACCCCUUGCGUUACUCCUCAAUCAUGAAUACUAAAACUUGCCUUUUGCUGGUAAAAGGGUGCUGGCUAACUGGAUUCAUAAGCUCCUCGUUUCCAGUCUCGUUUUCCUCACAUUUAAAUUUUUGCAAAUCACGUGUGAUUAACCAUUUCUUCUGCGACCUUACUGCUCUUUUGAAAAUGUCAUGUGGCAAAAAUACCAACAUUGAAGUGUUGAUCCUGGUGGAGAGUCUUGCACUAGGAUUUCUUCCAUUCUUGUUCACUUUGUCUUCAUAUGUUAUAAUUGUACGUGCCAUCAAUAGCAUUCCUGUUAAGGAUGGAAGGAUGAAGGCCUUAUCGACUUGUACAUCCCAUCUUACAGUGGUGGUUCUCUUCUAUGGUACCAUGAUAGUGGUCUACAUGCGCCCACCUUCAAUGUACUUGCCAUCUCACGAUAAGCUUUAUGCUUUGCUCUACACGGCUGUGAUUCCCAUGAUCAAUCCAAUGAUUUAUACUCUAAGAAACGGAGAUGUAAAAAACGCCAUGAAGAAAUUUUUCCUUUUUGCUCAAUAA